GCAGGAUCGACAAAGAGCAGUAGAGCUCCGCGAGUGAGUGAGUCUACAACAGUCGGGCAAACCUACGGGCGCCAUACUUGCCAUUUAUACUUAACUGCGUUCCUCAGUUAUAUAUUACUGUACACUCCUAAAAUCCCUCGCUGUACUCUACUAUACUGUACACUUUUAUUUUCGGACGGAUUCUGUGCUAACGUGCCGGUUCAAAAAAAAAUAUAAAUUUUUGUGAAUUUUUUUUUUAAGUGAAAUUUUUUUUUUGUGAUUAAUUUUUUUUUCUUAUGGAAUUUUUUUUCUAACGAUAAAAAAAUUAUGGUAUGAUCGCCUGGAUAUUCACUAAACCAUGAAGCUAAUCCUGCUCUCGUUUAUUAUACCCCUGGCACUGGGUCUGACAUUUCAAGAAGACGACCUGGUGUUUGACGACGUGAGCGAUGAUUCCCAGCCCAUAUCAUCCGCUUCACCUUCAACUAAUCAGCCUUCCGAGAGUUCUUCCGAGUCUUCUCAAGCUUCUAGUCAUUAUCACAAGGACUUAAAAAUAAAAGACAUCGCAAAUGUCGAGAGCCCGUUUCCCCAAGCCAAUGUCACCACAACAGUCGGCCAUAUUUUUAAAUUCAAAAUAUCAAAACAAUCUUUUGGUAGCAGCGUAAAUCACUAUGAGAUACGAAGCAGCGGGAACAAUAACAAAGCAUUGCCACACUGGCUAUAUUACGAUGAAGCAACGACAACAUUGAUGGGUGUGCCGGCUAAAAAAGAUGUAGGCCAGCAUCACUUGUCCAUAAAAGCUUAUUACACUUACGGUGAUAUUAUUAAUAGUUUAUUCACUAUUAAAGUAUUGCCGGAAAAGACCGAUGAAGUUAAACACAAAGAUGGCAAAACUCACUGUCGAGAGUCGGAAGAACAAACACUCAUGACUAUUCUACUGGACGUUAAAUUUGAUGAUUUGAAACCGGUUAAAAAAGUUCAUGCCAUCGAAAAACUUGCAAGCAGUCUUGGAUUACACGUCAGUGCAUUUUCAAUGCAUGGUCGCAGUACAAAAGAUGAAAGUGCAUCGGAAGACUCACGAAUAAUUCUCACGGGUCCAGGUAACGUGAAACGUAGGAAAGAAAAACAUUCGACGUCAAUUCAAUGGCAGGUCGGCUGCGACGGACAUUUGUGGAAGCAUCAAGCAGAACUUUUGAAACAAAUAAAGAAACAAGCGCGUGACAAGACUCUAGCUAAGACGAUACAGCUUCCAGUUCUACUAUGGCGCGUUAAGACUUAUUCCAAUGACCUGAUUCGUAGCCGCCGUGAGGCUGGUUCUGGUGACUACGCCAGACACAAUAAUCGUAAUAAUAAUAAUAACAAUAAUAAUAAUGACAAUGACGAUGAUUACGACGACGAAAAUUAUGAUUACGAUGAAUCCUAUGACGAAGAUCGUGAUGAUCGCGAUGAUCCUGAAGACAAUGAACCGAUUACUACUUUACCUCCAAGACCCAUUUCAGGUUUUGAAUCUCGUGAAGAAUUACAUCCGCACCGCCAUCAUCAUGGUCAAGAAACUUCAAUUAGUAUCAAAGCUGAGGAAGAAAUCGAUGAACAUGAUAUUAUACCGGUUAUCGAUCGUAAAUAUUCAGAGUCUAGUCCAUCGACAUCAGCUCCGACAACUCAAUCGACAACUAAACCGACAACAAUCGAGCAAACAACACCACUAAGUACAACCCCACAAGAAGAAACACCCACAUCAACAACACCAAGUACAACAGUCAGUACAGUAACAGAGAAAACAGAACCAGAGGAUGAUGAUAUAGAUACUACGGAUAUAAAUGACAUUAUCAAUGAAAAUAAUAUAAAUUUAAAUAAUAAUAAUAACAAACAAUCGACAUUGGAAAUUGAAACUGAAACCACAGUAGUACCUACGACAUUCCUCACCACAUUGCCCACGUCCUCAAGCACUAUUUCAGCGUCUACGGAUGAAAUAAAAGCCACAACAACAACAACAACAACAACAACAACAACAACAUCAAGUACUAGCACAUCACCAUCACCAUCAACAACAGUCGCUACUGUAUUCGCUGUUAACGAUACCAUCGAUGAGGACUUUGAAUUUACUGAAAAUAUAACCGAGUACCCUACGGUUAUAACGGAAUUAAAUCCGUUGACUACUGAGACACUCGCCACAGAGACAACUGAGCUUCUCACUACCCCCACUCCUACAACAACGGCUCCGACUACUCCCACUCCUACUCCAGCUCCCAGUACCACCACUACCACCACCACAACUUGGAUUCCUCCGACCACAAUUACCUCCACCAUCAGCACUACCUCAGCUUCAAGCACAACUUCUACCACUACAACGAUGACUUCAACGACUUUAACAACUCCAACAUUAGCCCCGACGGAAGAAAUAGUUACAACUGAGAAAGUUGUGUAUCGAGUUCGAAACUAUCCCCCUCGACAAGAUAGACGACUAGAGAAGAUACGUGUUACUGCUGGUAAACCGUUGAGUUACUUUAUACCAGCUAAUACAUUCAGUGAUAUUGAGGAUGGUGACACUCGUAACUUGAGAUUGAGUUUGUAUCUCAAGGGAAGUCCGCUAAAAAGUACACACUGGCUACAAUUUAAUGAACAAACCCAAGAGAUUUACGGAUUACCAUUGGAUGAACAUGUAUCGAGAUGGGAUUACGAUCUUGUUGCCGCGGAUCGUGAAGGUCUUAAUGUAUCAGAUCGGCUUGAUAUUUAUGUACAGCAGCAUAAAUUAACGCGAUCAGUUAAUCACGACUUCAGUAUUUAUUUAAGAAUUGAUAAACGGUCUCGAUUCCCUACGGCAAUUGAUUGGCAAUUAAAGAUAAUCAGAGGCCUUGCUCAACUCUAUGGUGACAAGGAUCCAAGCAGCAUAACUGUCCGUACAAUUCAAAUCAGUGAAGACCAAGCCGUUUUUACUUGGACUAAUGACACAAUACCUCCAAGCUCCGAGUGUCCUAAAGAAGCCAUAAAUCGUCUGUACCACGUCCUAGUGGCUUCUAAUGAUGGAGACCCUAGUUCUAUGCUUCAACAUCAUCUAGGUCCAGAGAUCCGGGUCAAACGGGUCGCAUUCCACGGGCACGGUCAAUGUGAGCAUUCAUUUACACGAAUUAGUCCCCAAGUACCAGAAGUUUCUACUCAAGAGCCCAAAGUUAAUGAUCCUCCGAUGCCAAGAAAUCAAGUUGAUCAUAUUACCGCCCGAGUUGGCCAAUUGCUGAUCUACCGAGUACCUGAAGACACAUUUUAUGAUCCCGAAGAUGGGCCAACUCGUCAUUUGCGACUCUCUUUACUCCAUGGUGAUCGUACACCAAUAGCAUCAUAUGAAUGGUUGCAAUUUGAUGUAAAUAAUCAAGAAUUUUAUGGAGUUCCACUUAAAACAGAUUCGAAACGUCGAGAAUAUCAGCUGAUUGCGGUUGAUAAAGAAGGUGCGACUGCUAAUGACAAUUUAGUGGUUGAGGUCAAGUCGGCGGACGUUUCGAAAGCAAGCGCUGAAUUUACUAUUAAAUUAGGAGUUGAUUAUGACACAUUUAUUGGAUCUGCAAUGAUGAAAAAGAACUUUAUUCUUAGAUUGAGAGAUUUGUUUGGUGAUAAAGAUACGGAUGCUAUUUCAUUGAUGACAAUAACACCAGUUGGGCAUAAAAAUACAAUGAUCACAUGGAGGAAUACAACUUUACCGGUUGCUUAUUGUCCUAAUAGUGAGAUACAAAGGCUAAGUGAAGUCUUAUUUGUUAAACCAGAUAACAAAGAACUGACAAAUAGAAUUGAGAGAAUUAUGGGAAUGGAAUUCCCUGUUGAUCAAUUAACUUUGACACCGAUGGGAAUUUGUUUGGGCGAGUUUACGAGAGUUCACUCUCAUGAUGGAGGACUUGGUAUUGAUGAUGAAGAUGAACGAGGAGGAAGACGAGGCUCUGGAGCACGAGGCGGCGUGGAUAAUGAUGACUAUCUUAUUACUUUUGUCUUGCCGGCUAUAAUUAUUGCUGCGAUGCUUGCGCUCGCGGGUAUUAUUGCUUGUAUACUGUACAGAAGGAAGAGAAGUGGGAAGAUGAGUGUCAGUGAACACGCGGACGAAAGACAGAGCUUUAGAAGUAAAGGAAUCCCGGUUAUUUUCCAGGAUGAGUUGGAAGAAAAACCUGAACCAGGUGAUAAAGCACCAGUGAUAUUAAAAGAAGAAAAACCGCCGCUACCACCACCGGAGUAUUUGCGCUCAGAAGACGGCGCGGACCAGCCAAUGCUAUCACAAGAAAACUCAGAAGAACCAUAUCAACCUCCGCCGCCAUUCGCUCGCACAUCUGACAACACGCGUCAAAAUCGCCCGAAACCAACGCCGACUUACAGAAAACCACCUCCGUACGUACCACCCUAACAAAAUUACGAAUUGCACUCAUCAACGCGUCGAUAUAUGACCGCAAUGUUGGGUGAAACUACAACAUCAACCGCCGAAUUACGCGAACAAAUAUUUCAUCGAAUACAAGGCCAUACUUCGAGAUUUCAUGACUAAGAAAUUUUUUUUUAUUCAUUAAUUAAUUAAUUGAUAAUUAUUAAUUCUAUUAACGUCAAUUCGAUGGUCACGUGUUGCCUAAUUCAACUUUUAAAAAGUUCACAUUUAAUUAACCCUUCAAUGGUCAUCAGAUAUUUUAGUUUUUAAAAAAAUUAUAUACUGAUAUUUUUAGAAUCCGGAAAGUAAUAAAAUUACUUUUAAAUUUCACUAAAAAUAAUUUAUGUUUUUAAAGCGAUUAUAUCUCAGAAACUAUUCGUUUUAUGUUGAAAAUGUCCUGAUACGAAUUUGUAGAGCCUUAAAUUUUUUAUAAAAGAGAAUUGAAUGAAAAUUUUGAUAGGAUGAGACUGAAAAAAGUUAUGCUGAGUUAAAAGUCUUGAUUUAGUAUGUGAAUAAAAUUACGUGGGAGUUUUUUUGUAAAUUAUUAGUUUAAUGUAUAAAGUACUUGAAUGACUUUUUAUAUAUUAUUAAAUUCUUGAUAAAAUACUCGGUUAACGGGAACGAUAAAAUAAUUCUGCAAGUUAUAACUCAUAAAAGUUAAACGUAUAAUUGCAGAAUUAAAUAAACAAAAUAUUUAGAUUUAUAUUUUUAGUUCUGGCUUUUAUUUUUAUUUUUAUUUUUUGAGCCACCGCAUGUUUUUUAAAAUUUUGUUUAUUUUAAUUAUUUUUAUUAAGAGCUAAAGUUGACUGAGUGUCUCGCAGUGACCUUCCGUGUUAAAUUUUUUGUUAUUGUUGUUGUUGUUGUUGUUAAUGCAAUUAAAAUUUGUUAAUUACUAUUUAAAACAUACACUUUGUUUUAACCAUUAUUAUCUUUUGGUGUAAAUUAAAAAAAUUUUAAUUUUUUAAAUAAUUAAAAUUUUGUGUUUCAAAAUGUUCAUAAUUAUUUUGGAUACUUAAUUUAUGAAAAUUAAUACCGAUUUAAAAUUCCGGUAUAUUAAUAAGUAUUCAAAGUUCACGAUCCUUGUUUAUACUUUGUUCAACUUGAACCCGAGAUUAUCAAUAAUUUAAUUUAAUUAUAUAAUUAUUCAUAUAUUUUAUAUCUAAUCCAAAGAAACAUUUUUUUUAUCCUAAUUCAAUAUUAACCGAAAUAUUGACAUCAACUCACUUAUGAUUGAGUUUUUGCAUAAAAAAAAACAAAUUGGCGGACAAGUUAUUAAGUUUUUUAAUAAGAACGAUCAAUCUGCAGUCACUACGUACUAUUAUCCGAGUAUAAUACUACCAGAUUUAUUAAAUAUGGUUAAAAUUAAAUCAUUUAUUGAAGCCUUACUAAUUUACUCUCAGAAAUUUUGUUGAUUUUAAUGAGAUAAAUUUUGUCAUUUAUUCGCAAGCUUAUUGAUUUCGAUAAUGGUACACUGUAAAAAAUUGGGAGUGAAUACGGAUUUUAUUUCAAUCCAAAUUCACUACAUCACUCGUAGUUCCGGAGUUUUCAAAAAAUAUCAUUCCGCAUGCGAAGUGAAUAGGGUUUUUUUUUAAGUGGAGUGAUUACGGAAUGACGUGGAUUUUAUUUCAAUCCGCUUCACUCCGGUCUGGAAUUUGAAUACCUAAAUAAAUUUAUAUUUAAUAGAAAUAAAUGUUUAUGAGAAUCAUAAUUAUUUCAAUAAGUAAUUGAUUCAGAUAUUAAUAAUUAAACUUAAAAUAUUAUAUUUUUAAUUUAUAAAAUGUUUUGGUAACUCACUAAAUUAUAAUUUCAUAUAAUACAUAGUGAAAACAUUAAAUUUUUUAAUAGUUAUGGAGCCAUAGUUUCUAUGGGAAUAUUUUAUGUUUCAGUACAAAAUAAAUUGUUUUUUCGUGGCAUGGAUGAUAUGUCAUAUGACAGUUUGUGACUCAGUAGAAUUAUAUUAAUGAUGAAAAAUGAAAAAUCUGAUUCUGUCACUUCAUAAGCGUGAAAGUUUUCAUUAUCAGCUCCUUAUAAUUUUUAAAAAAUAUUUCUUGUGAAUUUAUGGAAAGGGAGCACGUAAUUAUUUCCGUACUCAAUAUAAAUGUUAAAAUAUAGAAGCUUUAACUUCACUAUGUGUUAGUAAUUCUUUUUAUAAAUAUUUUCUAAAACUCCUAUUUGAAGUGAAAUUCAUUUCGAGGCAAUUUAAUGAAUAAAAAAUCAUCAACUUCACGAUAACCCCUUCAGAGUGAAUUUCACUCCGAAGGGGAGUGAUAAAUAAAAAGUCAUCCACUCCGCGUUCACUCUGCAAAUUUUUUACAGUGUAAAAUCAGAGGAUUCUUAAAAAAAUCUACACACGGUCAAAUGUUUUAUUAGUAGUCUAAUAUAUUUUUUUUCUUAAAUAUCUUAACGACGAUGAAAGAUACAAAAAAACUUAUUAAAUUUCUAUGGUUUACCUAAGGGCUGUCUUUCAUGGAUACAAAAAAUUCAGUUUUUAAUUUCAAAUUAUAUACAAAUUUUUAUGUCCGUAAUUUUAUAAUAUCAUGUCAACAUCUUUACGCGCGAUAUAUACGCGUAAGUAUUUGCAAAACUUAAGAUACUGAACAAAUUAUUGCAUAUAAACAUCUAAACCUACGAAAAGGCACAAAUUACGGUCAAGACUUUUUCACUGAUAACAAAUUAAAUUUGUUUAAUUUUUAUUAUUAUAGAACCAUGUCAUAGACUAAAUUUUUCUUAUCCUCUCUUAAUAAUAUAGAUAAUAGAUAUAUUCCGCGAUAUCAGUUAUAUUCAAUGUCAGAAUAAUUGACAUAACUAUUUAUUUAAAGAAUAUUAAUAACAUCGUUUUUUUUUUCCCGCGUAAUUUAAAUGUAUUUCGAAUGAAAUAGAUAAAUUGUUUUAUCUCGAUACUUGGCAGAUAGAAAAGUUAAAACCAUGAAAAGGCACAAAUUCCAGUCAGGAUUUUUACAAAAAAAAAAUUGUAUUAAAUUUAAUGUGACCUCUGUAUAAAAUUAAAAAGUGACUGAAGGGUUAAUUAAAAAAUCUCCAACGAAUCUCAAUUUAAUUUUGUUACAAAACGUUUUUUAAUCAGUGCCAUUUUUUAUAAGCAAUAUAAGAUUAAAAAAUGCCUAAUUAAAUAGUCAUAGACUGUAAAGAUCUCCACGCACACGAGGAUUGAUACUUAUUAAUUAUAAUUAUAAUUAAUUAAUUAAUAACUAUUAAUAUUAACAAUUGAUUUAAACAACCUCGUAAUUCACUGCCACUCUAGAGCUUAGUAAUCUUUUUUUCUACUUAAUUAAUUAUUAAUUUUAAUAAUCCAGCUCCACUGAUUUUUUAAAAAUAAAUUUAUCAAUUAUAUUUUAAUGCUCGAUAAUUAAUGAUUUUUAACACGAUAAUUUAUCUAUUAAUUAAUUUAAUUAAUUAAUAAUAAAUUAUAUAAAAUUUUUUUAACCAUUUAUUAAUUAGUUCAUAAAAAGAAUACGUACUAUCGCACAAAGCUAAAAAUUUACAAAAAAAUUAUAAUUAUGUAAAAGUCUUUUUUUUACAAUCGUGAAUUCUUUUAAAAUUAAAUAGUUACCAUGCCAAAAAGAAAAUUAACACUUAAAUAAAAUUUCGUACCGAUUGAAAGAAACAAUUUUUUUUUUAAAUGUUUUGAUUGUCGGCGAUUUUUUUACGCGGCUAGACAAAGCAUUUGCAAAAUUUUAAUGCUGAUCGAUGAAUGAAAAAAGAAACAAAAUUUAAGUAAUUAAUAUAAUUGCGAUAAUUGCCAGUAAUUAUCAAUUAAUAAGUCUGCUGAUGUGUUAUUAAUAAAUAAGUAAAUAAAUAAUUAAUUUCUAAAAAAUAUCAACCAUCUGCGUAACAUCUGUAACGUAUAUUGGUAAUAAUAAUCAUAAGUAAUAAAUAAUAAUAAAUAAUAAUAAUAAUAACAAAUAAUACGUAUAACAUUCAUCAAUUAUCACUCAUUAAUCAUUAUUCUUAUCAGCGACACAUUUAUUGCGCAAUUUAUUCAAAAAACCACUUGUACUUUAUAUUAGUCUACCUCAGAAUUUUUCUUAACUUGAGAAGAUAUUAAAAUAAAAAAUUAAUUUAAGUCAUCUUGACGUAAUUACACGUCGAAUGAGUACCCACAAUACGACAUUACGGUAAAAAAAUUUAUUUGGGAAUUUAUGACUCGUAAAUAUUAAUUAAUUGUUAUCAGCGAUCCUAAUAAAUUUAUCUACAAAAAUAAUGUCUGUAUUCGUGCUAUUCAUAAAAUUUCGCGCAAAAUGAAUACCAACAACGAUAGGUUUGGAUGCGAUGACAAUUGAUUAAUUAAUUGUUAAUUAGUUAAAUGAAUCAAAAAAAUUAUUUUGACUAUAUUGGUGUGGGUACUCAAAUAAGAGGAAAUUUGAUAAGAUAUAAAAUGGUGGUAAUUAGAAUUAUUUUUAAAAAUUUUGUUUAUCUGAUUUAAAAAUAAUAAAAUUUAUAUUUUUUAUUAAUUAUUUUAUUAAAAAUUAAUUGUGAUAAAAAAAUUGAUAGUAUCUUUGUAAAAAUAAUUAAUUAAUUAAUAAUUUGACAUAAAUGUGUCGCAAUCAUAUCAUGCUUUUAUCAUAAUAUCAUAUCAUCGCAAUUUUUUGCGUCCGUACUAACAUGAAAAUUAAUUAAUUUAAUUAAUUAAUUAAAUAAAAUUGUAAAUUAUAAUUAAAUCGAUCAGCAUUUUAUAUAAAUAAAUAAUACAAAUAAUAUAAAUGUACAUCAAAUGUAUAAGUACUAACGGACGUUUUUUUUAUAUAUAAAUCUAUACAUAUUAUAAUUAUAAUAAUAAAUAAAUUGUAAAUGUGUAUAAGUGUGUACGGAAUUAAUGAAUUUUAAAAAAUAUAUGUAUGAAUGAAGUUAAUUAUAAUAAUAUAAUUGUAAGUAUAAGAAUAUUUUUGUCUGAAUUAUAAACACAUAACGCUUUCAAAAAGUUUAAAUAAAAUAAUUAAUUAAUAAAUGUUCUCAUGCGAGAUUUUUUUUAUUUAAACAAAAAAAGUCUUUAAUGAUUUUCGAUACUAAAUAAAUAUAUAUAUAUCAAUAUAUAUGUAUCCAUAACAUGACUAGACAAGUAUACUCAGUAUGUAAAGUAAAAUUGAAUUAAUAAAACCA